CAAACUGUGACCAACGUACAACACCACCACCACAGGCGCGUUUUAGACUUCAACGUUAAAGCUUUUCAGCUUUUUCACCUGCGUACGAAAUCGGACUCGAACUUAAAAUUGCAAAAUCAUCUUAAUUAAUUCUCUCGAAUUCAAUGAAUAUUCAUCACUAGUUUUUUCUCCAGUUUCUCCUCCUUUUUCAUCUCCAUUUUUUUGCACCUUUUUCUGUGCUGUUCAUGGUUAUGGUCUAAGUCAUUUCUGCUACUCUGAACCCUAAACGAAUGGGAAUCUAAGCAGCCCUGUAGAGAAAAAGGAGAAGCUUUUUUUUUUUUUUUUUUUCUUGGGUUUUAGCUUCAUCGACAUAUACAUUCUUCUUUUGGUCUUGUUAUGGUGAUAAACUACUGAGUUCCGGAAAGCCCUGAACAGAGGAAUUCUGCACAGCCAUUUUCAACAUGGAUGCUGGGAGAAAGGCAAAUACACUUCCACAUAUAGAGAAAGCUGAGCCUGAGUGGACAGGUAGAUGCACUGUGUCCACCAGAAAUUUGAGGAAAAGCGAACUUGGUGGUGUCAUAUUUGGCUGCAAGAAUUACACUAUAGCAGAAUGCAAAAAAAGAAGUUUAUUUGGACUGCCAUCCAGACAUUAUUCCUAUGUGAGGAAUGCAACUCCUGGCAUGGUUCUUUUCCUGUUCAACUGCAGUGACAGGAAGCUACAUGGUAUUUAUGAAGCUAUAAGCCCAGGCCGAUUAAAUAUCGAUCCAUAUGCCUGGACUGCAAAGAGCAUCCCAACCGAUUAUCCAGCACAGGUCCAAGUUCGGGUAAGAAGUCAAUGUCGGCCAUUGAUGGAGGAACAGUUUGCUCCAGUAAUUGCUGAGAACUAUUAUGAUCCAAUUAACCCAAAUCUUUUCUGGUUCGAGCUGGACCGAACUCAAACCAGCAAGUUAGUAGACCUUUUCUCAUCUGCAACUUUACCAGGGAGGUCAUUGCAGAACACUUUACUUGUCCCUGAUAUUGAGGCGAUUGCUGAUAAUCGAGGGAAAGGUCCUGAUUUAAAAGGUAUAGCUGAUAUUCCAGUUGAGAAAGAAGUAGAAUGGGAAACAUGGGAAGACUUUGCUGCAAGCCUCAAACAGGAUAGUGAAUCUUCAUACAUGCCCGUUCCUAAUUGUGCAAACAAUUCCUCUCCACCGAAAUCAUGGAGUUGUCUAUUUAAAACAUCAGCAGCUUCUGAAAGUGUACCAAAAGGGAAUAUUCCAAAGCUAAGGACUUCAAAACAGGUACCAUUCCCUGAUAGUGGGGAGACAGUUCAUGGGGGAAACGAAUGGGAAACCGGGGAAGGCUUUGAUGCAAGCCUUGAACAAGAAGGUGCAAGUUCUUAUGCAGCUGUCCUCAAGGGUACAGACACUUCCCUUCUUCAGAAAUCACAGCAUCCACAAACUUCAGCAGCUUUUGAAAGCCUACCAAAAGGGAAGAUCUUAAAGACACAAACUUCAGAAUUGGUACCUUUAUCAGAUAAAUCUUACAUGAAGUUGCAGGCUUCACGUCCUUCAUCUCCUCUACACAGAGAAGUCCAGAGUUAUGGUGGUUGUGCCGAUGAAUGGGAUAUAGAAGUAAGCGAUGUGCCUAUAGAAAAUCUUGAUCAUGCAUCUGAGCCAAAUUCUGAAUGGAAAUCGUCAUGUAUUCCUCUGGUUUCUCCUCUGGAGGGUUCUUGGGACAAUGAUACAAGAUACACAAACAGUAUUCUAGGGAAUUGUUGGGAGUAUUCAGAGACUCAAUCAUGUAAUUUGCAGUCUGAGAUUUAUCAGCUAAUGCAAGAACUUGAAGAGUUAAAGGCGUCACAGCUCAAACAAAAUUCGAAAAUCAGUUCCCUGGAACAACAGCUAGUUCAAUCAAAAGUGGAGACUCAAAAUUUGAGAAAACAAGUAAAGAUAUUUACUUCUAUGGCAACUUCCUCUUCCAGUGGAUAUUCUGAUAAGGGCUAUGAUCCUUCUGCACUAUCUAAUGACAUUAUACUUGUAAUUGGAGGGACUGAUGGUUCAAGUUGGUUAUCAGAUUUCUGUAUGUACUCUACGACUUUUGACCUUGUCAAAGCUCUCGAACCAAUGACCUUCCCGCGGUCCUUCUCAUCAGCAGCACAGUUGAAUGGUGAAGUGUUCCUAUUUGGUGGUGUGCAUGAUAAUAUUUGGUACGACACAGCGGAGUCAUACAAUCUUAUGCAUGAUCAAUGGGUUACGCGACCUUCACUAAAUCAAAAAAAAGGAAGUUUGGCUGGGAUACCUGUGUAUGAUAAUUUAUAUGCAAUUGGUGGUGGAAAUGGAGUUGAUUGUUUCUCAGAGGUGGAAUUGCUCGAUAUGAACAUUGGAAAAUGGAUCUUCACAAAGUCAAUGCAACAGAAGCGAUUUGGGCCCACAGUUGCAACUGUAAAUGGUGUGCUCUAUGUUGUUGGUGGGUACGACGGCAGCAAGUACCUAAGUUCUGUUGAAAGGUUUGAUCCUAGAGAACCUAGAUGGACCGAAAUUGAGAGCUUGAGCACACCAAAGGGAUGCCACUCUUUGGCUGCAUUAAAUGAAAAACUGUAUGCUUUGGGGGGAUAUGAUGGACAGGCAAUUACAUCUACUGUUGAGAUUUUUGACCCCCGGGUCGGUUCUUGGAUGAUGGGGGAACCAAUGCAAUAUCCUAGGGGUUAUUCUGCUGCUGUGGUGACUGGAGGAAAGAUAUAUGCCAUUGGUGGGGUGAAUAGGGACCAGGAUAUUUUAGAUUCGGUUAGGACUGUUGAGUACUAUCAGGAGGGCUGUGGAUGGGCAAUGGCAAGCUCGAAUGCUCUGGGGAAAAGAAGCUUCUGCUCUGCUCUUGUGCUGUGAAGAUCGCUUUCUUAAAGCUGUCAUACUAGGUAGGUUCUUUUUGUGCGGCAAUUAGCAAUAUGCAGCAACUUGUAGUACUGCAGUGUAGCACCGUUCUGUUGAGAAGAUAGAGUUAUCUGUUCUUUGGUUUAAAUCUCUGUAGUAAUCUGAGAAAUUCAUGAAUCAGUGUAUAUAUAUAGACAAGAGUAUGAGCAUGAUAGAUUUCACCUCUCUAUGAUGUUUGUUUGAAUAAUUAUCACAGUACUAGUCAAGGAGUUAACAUAGAGCUCAAAAGACAAUCAUUGGCAACGGUCAG